AUGAUGCUCGCCAAGACCCUCUUGAUCGCCGCUCUCGGUGCCUCUGUGGCCAACGCCCACAUGAAGAUGGUCCAGCCUGUCCCUUACGGUAAGGACUCCCUCAACAACUCCCCACUCGAUGGUGAAGGUGGCGACUUCCCCUGCAAGCUUCGUGGCGAUACCUACACUGUAUCUACCGAGAAUAUGAUGGAAGUUGGCGUCACUCAAACUCUGCAGCUCAUGGGCCAGGCCACUCACGGUGGUGGCUCGUGCCAGAUCAGUUUGACUGAAGACCGGGCCCCAAGCAAGUCAACUACUUGGAAGGUUAUUCAGUCGUAUCAGGGUGGUUGCCCUGCAAAUGUUACAGGCAACAUGGGCGGCGAUGCCAGCGCGCUGGACCCCACCACCUUCUCAUUCAAGAUUCCCGAUGAUAUUGCUGCUGGAAAGUACACUCUCGCCUGGACCUGGUUCAACCGUGUCGGCAACCGCGAAAUGUACAUGAACUGUGCGCCUGUCACUGUCACCACUAGCUCGUCCAAGCGCGACGUCCCUGUUGUCGAGAAGCGCACCGCCAACUACCCGCCCAUGUUUGUGGCUAACAUCAACGGCUGCACUACCACGGAAGGUGUCGACAUUCGUUUCCCUCAGCCUGGUCCAAAUGUUCAGACCUUGGAGGAUGACGCCAAUCUCGCUGCCGAAGGCGAUGCUGCGUGUUCCGGUACUCCUACUUUCGCCGGCGACGGCGAUACCAGCUCUGGCAGCAGCUCCUCGGGCUCGGGAACCUCGGGCUCGGACUCUGGGUCUUCAUCCUCCACCGCUGCAGGUAGCGCUUCUACUGAGACUUCGUCCCAGGCUGCUGCUGCCGUCCCUAUUUCUACCAGUUCCCCGGCUGAGACUAGUGCCCCCAGUGUGCCCCAGCCCGCUGCAUCAACCGUUGCUCCGGCCUCGCCUUCUUCGUCUUCGUCUUCCAGCUCGGGCAGCUCUGGCGCUCUGACUGGCUCUUGCAGCCCUGAGGGUUCCUGGAACUGUAUUGCUGGUACUUCCUUCCAGCGUUGUGCCAACGGACAGUGGUCUGCCUCCCAGCAGAUGGCCUCUGGUACUCAGUGCACCGCCGGCCAGAGCUCUGACCUCUCCAUCUCUGCCAUCCAAGUUGCCCGCGCGGUCUCCGAGAUGCGCUUCCGCAAGCGACACAUCGGUAGCUCGCACCAUGCUUAG